AUGCUUGUCGAGAGGUCAGUGGUACAACGUGUACAUGUACUCUACGCACUCAUGUCCAGCCACGCAAUUUUUGACAUGCAAGGUCAAGUAGAUAGACCAUGUCAUCCUCUUCUGCCAAUUUGGCGUCCUUCCACACGAUUCGAUCAUUGGCCUCGGGCCAGCGCCGAAGACAAGAGAUACAUUGUACUACGUCGUGAGGGUACUACUUGCACUGAGACUAGUGUUACUAAUUUGUGACUAAUCCGACUGGGGGUCAAGCCUCAUGCUACGUCACUGGCGCUUUAAAGUGCAAGCCUUUUCCUUGGCGGGACUAGUGUUGUUGUCGAUCAUGGAUCCAUCCCGCAUCGGGCUGCAUCAUCUUGAUCCUCUUCUGCCCGAUUCGUGCAAGGCGACGUUUCGCAAACCCGUAAAACAAGGCACGAGCGUGGACUUUUCCAACUUGAAGCACUAACAGCCUCUGCCCCCAACUCGGACUGCGUCAUCCUUGAAUGGUCGUGCUACCUCCUGUCUUCUUGCAAAGCUGAAAGACUGAAAUAGCCAGUCUCCCUCUACUGUUGGCACCACGGCUUCUCUUCACUCAGACGGGCCUUAUCACUUCACCUUCACCGGGCACUUCCUCUCAGGGCGCGGCUGUCCAACGGGGACUACCCCUUCCACGCUUCCACUGCGUCAGCGUUUUCUCUCACCUUCAUCGACACCUCAAGACUACAGACUACUCGCCUGUUCCUCCUGCCUGAAACAUUACGUCCAAAAUGGGCUUGUUUUCAAAACGCACCGGCGGCGCAGCCACCAAUGGCCAUAGCAAUGGGACUCAUGAGCCGAAAGCCCAUGGACGAAAUGGAACUACAACCAAACACGAGGGUUUCGAUAUCAACUCGGGCUACUUUAACCGCCGACCAACAUUUGGGCAAUGGCUCAAAUUCACCUGGCUUGACAUCUUGACCAUGGCUGCUAUGGGUGCCGUCGGUCUCGGAGUGUAUGAGGCAGACCCAGCGCCAAGUCGGUCGUUUCCUGUCACCUUCAUUGACGGAGAGAUCGUCUAUCCUCAAUUUGCCUAUCCCCUGCGUCAUGAGAUUGUCCCGAUCUGGCUGGCGGCGCUUCUGGCUUCAUUGAUCCCCAUCUUCAUCAUCCUCUGCAUGCAAAUCCGGAUUCGAUCGUUCUGGGAUGUCAACAACGCCGUGCUUGGCCUCCUCUACUCUCUCAUUGGUGCAGCGGUCUUCCAGGUUUUUGUCAAAUGGCUCAUUGGCGGUCUUCGUCCUCACUUUCUCGCUGUCUGUGACCCGGAUCCAGCUAUGGUCACCGCUGGCGGCUCGGGAUAUCGAAAUGUCAUGUUCCAACGCAAUAUCUGCCGUGGAGACCCUAACCAGAUCAAUGAUUCUUUGGAGUCCAUGCCAUCAGGCCACAGCACCGCUGCUUGGGCGGGAUUCUUCUACCUGUACCUUUAUCUCAAUGCCAAGAUGAAGGUUUUCAGCAACUACCACCCCGCUUUCUGGAAGCUCAUCGCGCUCUAUGCUCCCCUGCUUGGCGCUACCCUGAUCACCGGCGCGUUGACGAUCGAUGAAUUCCACAACUGGUACGACUGUUUGGCUGGCGCAGUCAUCGGCACGGUCUUUGCCAUCUCGGCCUACCGCAUGGUCUACGCAUCUGUCUGGGACUUCCGUUUUAACCACAUUCCCUUGACUCGACACACUCCUUUCUCUUAUGGCGCAGGUGCUGCUGGUGCCGGCGGCUUUGAAUCAGCAGUCUUCACCCGACGCGUAGGAUGGGGUUACGAAGAAGCCUUUGGAGGUGCACCGUUUGACGCAGCUCAUGGUCUGAGAGGUGCUGCCGCAGGCUUCAACACCGCUGCUGGUCCCAGAAAUGGUGACAUCGAACAUAAUGCCGGCUUGGCUUCCACCAACGGUGUCAGCAGUGGAUACACAAAUGGAACGACACACUCUCGAGGCGAGCCAGUUUCUGCUGCAACCACGAACGGCCACUAUCCCCGCACCAGCAUCGAGCGAAAGCCGGUUCAAGUUUAAGCGGUCGGUGUUGUGGAAUUGGCUGGACAUACGGGCUAGCUAAGGCUUAAUUAACUUGUCAGCUUUUCCCCCAUCCAUCCGCACAUGUGCAAGGAGCAUGGAGUUUGUUCGGUUCGCAAAAAGAAAACUUGAGGUGCCAUGAUGACGAAGAGCUUUGCGGUGCAGGAUUGUUUUUGACUGGAGUUUAGCAGCAGGCAUGCAUCUUACUAUGUUAUGACAUGCAACAGCGGUCCGCGGACCGGCCUUCAUGGAGAAUGACUGCUUGCUUUUUGAUAGAUACCUAAUACUUCUACGUUGGCCCUUUGGUUAGCGACGGAGCUGUACUUUAAUUACCUUAAAUCAUGAUGCACUAUGAACAUGGCCAGAGGCCUGAUAAUAAUGUAGUUGGACAUGAGGGUAUCC